AUGGGGAAGCGUAAAAAGUCUUCACGCAAACCCGCGCCAUCCAGAAAAAAAGAUCCGUUAGAUACAACCUUCACAUGCUUGUUUUGCCACCACGACAAUUCCGUCACAGUUAAAGUCGACCGUAAAGAAGGUCUCGCUCAGCUUAUGUGCAGAGUUUGUGAUCAGCGAUAUCAAAGCAAAGUGAAUCACUUGACGGAACCCAUUGACAUUUACUCAGAGUGGAUAGAUGCUGCAGACUCAGCCGAGAAAGAACAACAGGUUGUUCGUCGACCCGCUGCAUCGUCCAGC